UGGGCGGGACCAGAGUGUGAACGCAGCUGCUGUCAGUCGGGCUGAAGUGUCAACGUCUUACUCAAAUCCCAAACCAUUUGAGUAAUAUUUGCUCCUCAAAGCUGCAUUUUCGGGGCUGCAGUUACAUUUCUAAGCAGUCGUGUUCUGCGCGGUGGUCGUCAUGGGGGAAGUGGAGCUCUCUUGUCGGGCUUACGUGAAGAUGUACCUGCACGCCUGUGUGUUCCCCCGCUGCAGCAUCAACGGGCUGCUGCUGUCCUCCAGCCCGCCGGGGGGCGCUGUGGGCGUCACCGACUGCGUGCCGCUGCUGCACUCACACCUGCCUCUGGCCCCCAUCACGCAGCUGGCGCUCACACAGGUGGAUGUGUGGUGUUCACAGACGCAGCAGAGGAUCGUGGGAUACUAUCAAGCCAACGCCUGCGCCUCAGAUAGCAGCCCGACGCCGUGUGCUCUGAAGAUAGCCGACAAGAUCGCUGAGCAGUUUGAAAAUGCGGUUUUAUUGAUGCUCGACGGAGGGAAGAUGUCUCCAGACUAUCGGGUUCCUCCGAUCGUGAUGUACGAGCGCAAAGAUUCAAGAUGGGUCCUCAAAGACAAGCACACGAUCAUGCUGCGGCAGUGGGAGGAGACCCGGGCCAUCGCCGGCCAGAUGCUGGACUCGGGGGACCACGGCCUCCUGGUGGACUUCGACAGCCACCUGGACGACAUCACAAAGGACUGGACCAAUCAGAAACUCAACACCAGAAUAGCAGAGCUCUCCUCGCCCGUCAACGGCAACAUCUAGGGCGUUUCCUUGAACCCCAAACCCUAACCCUUAUUUAUACUCACCCAGCGCCGUCGUCAUCCUGUUUGAAUGUGAAUCCCUUUUAAUACUUUAGUUUUAACCCGACAGAAACAAACACUCCACACGGGUCCACGUAGAUGUUUAUUUUUACUUGACUGAACGAAGACAAACGUACAUAAAUAACAAAAUAUUUACAUCUUGGUUAAUCUCCCCCCUCACUCCUAAAUGUUCCCAGCUCAAUAUCCUAAUGAUUUAAAACAAAAAAAGGACUAAUUUGCCUUAAAAUCACUUUUGACACUACAACACUUCUCUUGUGC